GUGGCUAAUAUGGUCAACUUCUUCACUUUCACUUUCAACAAGCCAAGCCAAGUGAUCUCUCUAUAUAUAUAAUCUUGUGUAACCCAUUGCCAUGAAUCACCACAAUGGCUUCCAAACCAGGUAUUCUCACAGAUUGGCCAUGGAAGCCACUUGGAAAGUACAAGUUUGUGAUAUUGACUCCAUGGGUGAUUCAUAGCACUUCCUUGUACUUCAGAGAAGAAGAAAAGGGAGAUUUAAGUUAUAUUCUUAUAUUUCCAUUUCUUUUAUUGAGAAUGAUUCACAAUCAGAUUUGGAUUUCUCUCUCUCGUUACCAAACGGCUAAAGGAACUAAAAGGAUUGUUGAUAAACCCAUUGAGUUCGAACAAGUUGAUAGAGAAAGUUCAUGGGAUGACCAAAUUUUGUUCAAUGGGCUGUUGUUUUGCUUGGGGAGGAUGGUGGUGGAGAAGGGUGAAUAUCUACCGCUGUGGAGGACCGACGGGGUGGUUAUGGCGGCGUUGCUGCACGCCGGUCCGGUGGAGUUUCUGUACUACUGGUUUCAUAGAGCUCUUCAUCACCAUUUUCUUUACUCUCGCUACCAUUCUCACCACCAUUCCUCCAUUGCUACUGAGCCUAUUACCUCUGUGAUACAUCCAUUUGCAGAACACAUAGUGUAUUUCUUGCUGUUUACAAUACCAUUGUUGGUGACAGUGCUAACAGAAACAGCAUCGAUAGGGUCUUUUGUUCUUUAUGUGAUGUUCAUUGAUUUUAUGAACAAUAUGGGUCAUUGCAACUUUGAGGUUGUUCCUAAGAGACUUUUCUUCAUUUUUCCUCCUCUCAAGUAUCUCAUCUACACUCCCUCGUACCAUUCACUACACCAUACCCAAUUCAGAACCAACUAUAGUCUAUUCAUGCCAAUAUAUGAUUACCUAUAUGAGACAGUGGACAAGAAUUCAGAUAGUUUAUAUGAAAAUUCAUUGUUAAGAGAAGAAGAAGUAGCAGAUGUGGUUCAUUUAAGCCAUUUGACAACCCCACAAUCUAUCUAUCAUAUGAGGCUUGGGUUGGCAACUGUGGCCUCACAACCAUUUGCCUCAGAAUGGUGGUUGAGUCUGCUUUGGCCUUUCACUUCUUUCUAUGUACUUGUCACUUCAUUCUAUGGCCACACUUUUGUCUAUGAAAGAAACAGUUUCAAGGCACUCAAAUUGCAAUCUUGGGUCAUCCCUAGAUUCAAUCUUCAAUAUUUCAUGAAAGCGAGAAGGGAAGCAAUCAACAAGUUGAUAGAAGCAGCCAUUUUAGAUGCUGAUAAAAAGGGAGUCAAGGUGCUAAGCUUAGGCCUUCUUAAUCAGGGAAAAGAGCUAAAUGAAUAUGGAGAAUUUUACAUACAAAAGUAUCCAAAAUUGAAAAUAAAAUUGGUUGAUGGAAGUAGUUUAGCAGCUGCUAUUGUGGUCAAUACAAUCCCAAAAGCCACAACAAAAGUGCUUCUUAGAGGAAACCUUUCUAAGGUUGCUUAUGCCGUUGCAGAUGCCUUAUGUCAAUUGGGUUUUCAGGUGGCUACCUUGUAUGAGAAUGAGCAUAAGAAGCUUAAAUCAAAGGUCACUGCCAAUUCUAACAACUUGGUCCUUGCAAAAAUUACUACCCACAAGAUAUGGAUAGUGGGAGAUGGAUUGGAAGAGUUUGAACAACUAAAUGCACCAAAAGGGACAAUCUUCAUUCCCUAUUCACAGUUUCCUCCAAAAAGACUUAGAAAAGAUUGCUAUUAUCACGUCACUCCUUCCAUGAGGGUUCCUUCUUCUUUUCAGAACAUCGACUCUUGCGAGAAUUGGUUGCCGAGAAGAGUGAUGAGUGCAUGGCGAAUGGCGGGAAUAUUGCAUGCUUUGGAAGGAAGAGAAGGGCAUGAAUGUGGAGAAACAAUGUUGAGUUUAGAAGAAGCAUGGAGAGCAAGCCUUCAAAAUGGAUUUCUUCCUUUGGAGAUUCCUUCUAAUUAAAAUCCUCCAAAAAAGCUAAGACAGCAAAUUCAUAGCAGAACUACACUAAGGGAGAUUAGAUAGUUCCAAUUUUAUAUCAUCUUUGCUGCUUAUUGAUAUUUGUGGACAACACUUACAGGUGUUGGUGUUUUAUAUUUUGAUGCCCUUAUGAACUUUGCUAUUAAUAUAAAUGGUAAUGAAUGUGAUGAAAUAUUGAAGGAACUAAUAUAUAAAUGGUAAUUAUUAUGGCA